AUGUCCCAGCAGUUGCUUUAUGAUUCUUUUGUACAAAUAGUGGACAGUAUUUUGCCAUUAGACAUUUCGCCAGACCAACGAACAAUUAUCUUAGAACAGUUUCUCUCAUACAUUGACCAGACGACCAAUGCUGGAAUCAACUAUGAUCUUCAUCUAGUGGUCAGCCAAUUGAAAAGAUUAUUCACAAGUGAUGCUCAAUGGAAUCUGUUUCAGCAGGCCGUGAAAAUAUUGCUACGAUAUAAAAAAGAUAAUGAUGUAGCAAGAUAUUUAUCGUUUUUUAACUCCAUUAAUAUCGAGAAUAUAGAUGAGACCCGUGGACAGCGACGGCAUUUUAUUCUGGCGUCACAUACUAGAAGUAUGACCACUACAAAUAAUGGGCUUAUAAGAAAUAAUGCUUCUCAAAGCUCGUCUCUCAAUAAUAUCAAUGAGUUUGGGGUUAAUAACAAAAGGCAAAGAUCAAACUUUACUGGUAGGGCAUAUGAUAGCCAAUCAAUUAAUGAUCUUGUUAACGAUAUCCUCCUUGAAUUCCAGCCCGACCAUAUCAAAGAAUCCGAGAUGAUUCAAUUCAUUUUUUAUACCUUAUUGUCAUCAACUUCGGACUUGUUCCCAGUUGAUAAAGUUAGCGGGAAGAUUGCGAUUCCAGAAUCUAUUGGGAAUAGUACAAGUGGAAUACUACAUUUGAUAUUUGAAGCCAGCGUCUUAUUCAAGUACUUGAUGACAGCAACCAAGAAAAACCACUACAAAUCACAAAUCAAGGUGGCAUUUUUGAGUAAUGUCCUGGUAUAUCUACAACAGUAUACCCAAUUAAUCAAUGAGUUGUCUGUAUCAAAUGCCAAUGAUAUGGGGAAGACUUUGACUGACGUUUAUCGCCAUUUAGUGGGAGAAAUUGACAAAUUCAGAUUCUUGUAUUUCUUAACAGAUAAACUCGAAAAAAUUCCUGGCAAUGAGUUUUUGUCCUUGGUUUUUGGCUAUUCCAAUUUCGGUGAUUUAUUGAUAAAAGAAGUUGCUAUGACGCUAUUCAAAGUAUCUUCUGAACCAUAUUACAAAGUGUUGGAGAAUUGGAUAAUAAAUGGAGAGUUAUCAGAUAGUGAUGAGGAAUUUUUCAUUUACAAUGACCUAGAAGAAAAAAGUAAUGGGAUAUCGGCGAUUAAAUUUGAUGAUGAGAAGUAUCCUAAAUUUUUAUCUGCCAAGAUAAAGCAUAAAAUCUACCAAAUCGGAAAAAUGAUUAAGUUUUUAAGGGAUGUUUGCAAAGAAUAUAAUUUCUUAAAUGGAUACAAUCAGAAAUUCAGGUCUUUUUUGUCGAAAAGAGAAUUGAGAUCAUUCAAUGAAAAUCAAUUUUCAAUUUUGAUAGACUCACAAUUCAAAGAAUUAUCAAAUUAUUCGACUUAUUUGUUGUAUAAUACAUACCAUUUGGAUUAUCAUAUACUCAACCUCAAGAAGUUCUUGUUAUUAUCUAAAGGCGAUUUUAUUUAUACCUUAAUUGAAAAUUCAUUAGCUGUUCUUGGUGAGCCAUCCCAAUCUUUGUCGGUAGUUCAAUUAUCACAGAUUUUAUCUAAUUCCAUUGAAAAUUCUUCGAUAAAAUCAUCCCCAAGAGAUAUGCUUCUUCGACUCGAUGCAAGAAUAUUGUCUCUCAAUUCAUCUGCUAAUUUGGGUUGGGAUGUAUUUACGUUGGAUUAUAAACUUGAUGAAGCUUUGCGGGUGAUCAUUUAUGACAAUAAUAUGGGAUUGAGAAAUUAUUUGAAGUUGUUUAAUUUUUUAUGGAGGAUAAAGAGGAUCAGCUUCAUGUUGGAUCAGUCGUGGCAUGGAUCUAAUAUAAUAUACAAGAGGAAUAUUAAAGAUUUGAAACACCAACCGCAGAAUUUUUGGGUUGUGAAACUGUUUAAUAAAGUGAAUAUUAUUAAGAAUGGGUUAAUCAAGUUCAUUACUAAACUUUUGGGGUACUUAAGUUUUGAUAUGAUUGAUGUGGCUUUCGAGGAGCUUCUUGAGAAGCUCAAUAAAUCCAAGAAUUUAUAUCUUACCAACUCUGUCAGGGAAAGCUCUAUCAAGAACAACAAGCUAGAUAGCUACUUGGUUAAGUUUCGUCAAGUGCUUCUUCCAAAUAAAGAAUAUGUCAACGCGUAUAAUGAUAGUAUUGUUGAUGAUGGCACUCCGAUGCCUGAUACAUUUGAAGUGGAUCAUGAAAUUUAUUCUAUUGAUGAGUUCAUCAACCUUCAUUGUCAAUACCUUGAGAAAAUUGGAAGCCACAAAUUGAUCGAUUCAUCACUGAAACGUUCUGUUGGUUUGUUUUCGGGAAAGUUUUUUGUUCAUCAGAUUAAUGGACUUGUGGGGAUCGUUUCUAAGUUUUUGCAAGCUGAGGAAGAGUUCCACAACUUGAUAUUGGAAAUUGUUUCUCAAUUGAAGCUCGGAGAUAACCAUGAUGACGGUGAUGACACAAUGGAAAGCUUAUAUGGUCAUAACAGUAUUAGUAAAAUGAAAAAAGUGGUGAAAUACAUUUCCAGAGAAGUUAACGGUGAAUUCAUUGAAAAGAAACGGGUAUUUGUAAAGGAUUUGAUAAAUGAUAGAGAAUUACAGAACUUUGGAUUGGACUUGGGAACAUGA